GGCGCGCACACCAUUUUUAGCCAAUUUUCUAUAAUUGAAGACUUUUAAAAUCUAUAUUAGCGCAGCUACAGUAUCUUAUAUCAUGGGUGACAAAUUGCUCGAUACUUCGCAAAUUAUAAAUGGAUUGGCUGUGAUGUUGUCAUUCUUCGUCGGCUACAAAUACGCUCUAAAACGUGGAGAAGCAUGUGCGAAAAUCGACAGAGCGACGGAUGAAGCGGAUGGUGGAGCUGCUGCCGCCGCAGUGGCUGACAAGACCUUUGUCGGCUUCAAUGAUAACUUUAAAAUGGUGCUGGUGGUGCGCAACGACCUAAAAAUGGGGAAGGGAAAGAUAGCCGCCCAAUGUGGCCAUGGAGCUGUAGGCGCUUAUCAGACGGCAGUUUCCCGCACACCACGCUUGCUGCGGGCCUGGGAGAACAGUGGGUGUGCCAAAAUCGCACUGCGCGUAGAGAGUGAGGCAGAACUGAUGGCCAUUAAGCGGGCGGCGGAGCAGCACAAGCUAAACACCUGCCUUAUACGCGACGCCGGACGCACACAAAUCGAGCCGAACUCUAAGACUGUGUUAGCCGUGGGACCGGCAGCUGCGGCGGACAUUGAUCGUGUAACAGGCCAUCUGAAGCUGUUGUAAGGCACUAUGCUGCACUAACGCUGCGUUAUCUCCAGCGGCCUACAUGAAGCACUAUCCACAAUUCUCAGAAGCAAUAUAGAACAGCGGGCGUAAAUGGCGCGCCGCACUAACGACUGUUACACAUGCUUGUUGAUUUUUUAAAUAUGUAGAAGAUUUACUGUAACAAACAACACUUGAUGACUGUAAAACUGAGCUAAAUACAUAUAUAAAAUUGUUUGUGAUUCGCCAUUCUAAACUUAAA